CUCCCCACCAGAACCCGCACCCUCUUUCUAUUUUCUCUCUCUUUCAACCCUUCUCCAUUUUAAAACUCUCUCUAUCUCCCCAAUAAACAAAAAUAUAUAUAUAUAUAUAUAUAUAUAGUGUUUUGGGUUGUUCUUUUUUCUGUUUUUUAAGUAACAAUUGCUCUCUCUCUCUCAUAACAGUGAGUACACCUGAGACAUCUUGACUCUCACUUGUUCACUCCAUUACUAUUGAGUUCUACAAUACUCGGGUACCGUACCCUCAAGGUCUCUCAGCCAUUAGAUCAUUCUUUAUCAGCUCGGCCUCACCACCACAUGCAAUGAGUUGGGAUACCUGGGGGCAUAGAAGUUGUAAAGAUAAAUUAGUGCAGUGAAAAGGCUGUGAGAAGAGAAGGUGAUGGCCAAAGAACACCUGAAAGUUCUUAAUGCACUUGAUGCUGCAAAAACACAAUGGUACCACUUCACAGCAAUUCUAAUUGCCGGCAUGGGUUUCUUUACCGACGCCUACGAUCUUUUCUGCAUCUCUCUGGUGACAAAAUUGCUGGGCCGCAUAUACUACUACGACGGUGAUAAAGAUAAACCAGGGACUUUGCCACCAAAUGUCUCUGCAGCAGUCACUGGUGUGGCCUUUUGUGGCACACUUGCUGGACAGCUCUUCUUCGGAUGGCUCGGUGACAAGAUGGGGCGAAAACGUGUCUACGGCAUGACCCUUAUGCUUAUGGUCAUUUGCUCAAUUGCCUCUGGCCUUUCCUUUGGCAGUCAGCCAAAAGCUGUAAUGGCCACACUCUGCUUCUUCCGCUUCUGGCUAGGCUUCGGCAUUGGUGGCGACUACCCUCUCUCUGCCACCAUCAUGUCCGAGUAUGCCAACAAAAAGACCCGGGGAGCAUUCAUUGCCGCGGUGUUUGCUAUGCAGGGCUUUGGGAUUUUAGCUGGUGGAAUGUUUGCAAUCAUAGUUUCUGCAGCAUUUAAGGCCAAAUAUCCUGCCCCAGUGUAUGAAAUCGAUCCUGUUGGAUCAACUGUCCCGGAAGCCGAUUAUGUUUGGCGCAUAAUUCUAAUGUUUGGUGCAGUACCGGCUGCUUUGACUUACUACUGGCGAAUGAAGAUGCCUGAAACUGCCCGAUACACUGCCUUAGUAGCCAAGAAUGCCAAACAGGCUGCGGCAGAUAUGUCCAAGGUCUUGCAGGUAGAGCUUGAAGCAGAGCAAGAGAAGAACGUUCAAGAGCAGAGAAACGACUUCGGCUUGUUUUCUAAGGAGUUUGCUCGUCGCCAUGGGCUUCACUUGCUCGGAACCACUAGCACAUGGUUUUUGCUGGACAUUGCCUUCUACAGUCAGAACCUAUUCCAAAAGGACAUUUUCAGCGCAAUUGGGUGGAUUCCAGCAGCCAAAACAAUGAAUGCAAUCGAAGAGGUCUACAAAAUUGCAAGGGCUCAAACCCUCAUAGCUCUCUGCAGUACUGUCCCCGGGUACUGGUUUACCGUGGCUUUGAUCGACAAAAUAGGGAGGUUUGCAAUUCAGUUGAUGGGCUUCUUCUUCAUGACAGUGUUCAUGUUUGCCUUGGCCAUUCCCUACAAUCACUGGACUCAUAAAGAAAACCGGAUAGGGUUCGUCGUCAUGUACUCACUCACCUUCUUUUUCGCCAACUUUGGUCCCAAUGCCACAACAUUUGUCGUGCCAGCGGAGAUUUUCCCAGCAAGGUUGCGGUCAACGUGCCAUGGCAUAUCUGCAGCAGCCGGGAAAGCCGGGGCAAUUGUGGGAGCGUUCGGGUUCUUGUAUGCAGCACAAAGCCAAGACAAGAGCAAGACAGAUAAAGGGUAUCCGCCUGGUAUUGGGGUGAAGAAUUCUCUCAUAGUACUAGGUGUGAUCAACUUCUUAGGAAUGGUGUUUACAUUCUUGGUCCCUGAAUCAAAGGGAAAAUCACUGGAGGAAAUGUCUAGAGAGAAUGAGGAAGAGAAUGAUGGAUCAGAAACUGAGUCAAGGCCACAUGCUGGUCAUGACAUUAGGACAGUCCCAGUUUAAUUGCGCCUUUUUUUUUUUUUUUAUAUAGUCUCUAUGUAUAAUUUAGGGUACUUAAUUUGUUGACUUGUCUUCUUUAGUGCAAAUAUUAAGAUGAAUUACUUACCCAAAUAAUAUAUAAAUAUAAAGAACUGUUUAGCUUCA